ACCUUGUAAAGGCGGGCCCUUUGAUUCCUAAUCUUUUAAGAUGGCCUCAAGAGUUUAGUGGAUAGUAUUCAUUGAGAAUGAUCCAGUUGAAAUUAUCCGAUAGUGACAUAUGUGAAAGACGAAAGGCACAGUUAAAGGAAUGGUGUGGUUCAGAGACCGAUCAUGCGUCGUCAAAAAUGAGGGAGCCGGAGAAAAUCAAGUUUCCAUUAUCGGUUCAGCUACUUGCCGCAUGUAGUAACAGUGAUUUGGAUGAAUUUUCCCGUUUACUUAAGCUUGGAACGGACAUUAACACGCAAAAUGCUGAUGGAUUAACCAGCACACACUUAGCUUGUAUCAAUGUCGACUUUGAUUUUUUAAAGUUUCUUAUCAGAAAUGGUGCGGAUAUCAAUCUACAGGAUCACGAAGGUUGGACUCCUUUGCAUGCAGCAGCUUCUGUGGGUUGCUGUGAACUAGCCAGAUUUCUAAUUGAAAAUGGUGCAAGUCUCUCCAUUUUAAGUGUAGAUCUAGAAUUACCAAUUGAUGUAGCACAAGAUGAAGAAAUGAUUAAUCUACUUACAGAUUCAAUGAAAAAGCAAAAUAUCGACGGUGAUGCUAUUAAACAUUCAGAAGAACAAAUGCUUUUACAUGAUGCACAACAUUGGUUAUCCAGUGGUCAAUAUAAACCAGUUAUUGAUCCUAGAACUGGUGCCACUCCCUUACAUGUCGCAGCUUGUAAAGAUUAUACUAAAGCAAUGGAAAUUCUUUUACAAAUUCCCGGUUUAGAUAUAAAUGCUAAAGAUUUCGAUGGAUGGACUGCAUUACAUGCAGCAGCACAUUGGAAUCGUGAAACAUCUGCUCGAAUGUUAGCUAACGCUGGUGCUAGUUUUGAUGAGCAUACACGUGCCAGUCAAUCUGUAUUCGAUGUAGCUGAUAAAGAAAUGAUUGUGUUGCUUAGACAACUUCGUGAAAGACAAAGAGCUGAAAGAUUAUCCAAUGCAUCUAAACUACCAGAAUCAUCGAAAAUAACAGAAGCAGUUAAACGAAGUCAUCCGGUCGAAUUAGAGACUAAUGAAAAUGUUAACACAGAUAAUGAUGACGACGAUGAUGAUAAUUCCCUUAUUGAAAUUGAUCAAUCGAAUUGUGUAAAUAAAAAGCCAACUAUUGAACAAGGUAUUUAUUCAUCGUUAAAUGAUACUCCAUCAUUUUUGACAAAUGGAAAAUUAAUCAAGGAAACUGUCAGCAAUGAAGAUAUGGUAUUGAAUACUACUACUAACACUACCGCUUCUCCAUCUACGUUAUUAUCUGUACAAGGACAAACGGAGAUAUUGCAAUCCGCCACUAUUACUACUAAUUUUAAUCAAUCAACUGAUCAACAAUCAUUUAUAACAUCUUCUGUCCACGAGAAACGAACUUUACCGUCAUCAGACAGUGGAGAUUUUCUAUCGAUCGAUACUAAUAAACCAUUGGAAAAACCUGGGAAAUCAUUAUCACCAGAGAAAUCUGUCGUUGUUGCUUCGACAACAUCUAUAUCAUCGGAUGUGAAUAAUGACUGUCCAUCUUUUACCAGUGGUAAUAAUAAUCGAAUGGAAAAAGAAGUGUCAGAUAAUAUUAUGAAGACGACUAUCCCUGUUUCUUCAUACUCAUCAUCAUCAGCAACAUCCGUACAGCCAGGUAGUACACUUCGUCAUUCAUCACGAUCUCCUCCUUUAACUAUACCUACUAAUAGUGUAUCCGGUCCUAUUUCAUCAUCUACAUCACAUUUAGUUCCCAAAUUGGUAGAAUCAGAGAAUACAACAGAUAAAAUAUGUGAGAGUGAUUUACGUGAAAGUACAACGAAUAAACAUAAAACCGGUAUUGUAAGUAUUAUAUCAACUCCACAAAAUAAACAUCCUGCUGAUGAGAAAUCACAAACUAGUGUACAUAAUAUUACUACUAAUACAGAAUUAUCAACCUCCUCAACUGUGACAGCAACAAUGGCUGCUACAUCUACUAUUCCAUCAGGAACAGGACGAUCAAUUACGAAAAUAAUCGCUGUCAAACCUAGGCGAAGUGAUCCACAAAAAAUGAAUGUUGAUGAAAAGGAAAGUGUUGUAACCGCGAAUAAUACACAAAGUAAAUUAUCCAGUCCUGUUCCUGAGCUUACAACUAAUCGACGAAUAUCUGUUGUAAUGGCGCCAACAAAGUCCGGUGAAACAGAGACACAACGUAGUGUUAAAGCUCGUUAUGUCCGAUCUACUCGACGAUCCACUCAAGGUGUUUCAUCAGAAGAUGUAGAACAGGCUAAAAAGUUAGCUGAUAAAAAUAUCAACGGUAGUACCGUUGUUUCGGAUAAUUCCCAACCAAUGAAUUCUAUUGCCACUGUUGAUACAUCGUCGUCAUCAGAUAGAACAACAUCAACUGAUACAUCGGGAGUUCCAAAUAAUAAAUCUAUAAAGUUAAGUCAUACUUCUUCAGCUUGUAAUAGAAUAUAUUCAGACAAUCCUACAAAUCUUUUUCGUCGACUCACCGAUACUGAAUUAUUGAGAUCUCGACCUAAUUCUGAAACUGUAGCAGGUAGUGGCGAUACGUUUACUGGCAGAUCAUCUGCGCGUACUGAUUAUUCAACCAACGAACGAGAAACUAAUGAUACUCGAUCUUCAAAUCAUCCUUCUGCUUCAACUGGUCGUCAUGUUAACUUCUCAGGUGAAACAAACACGAAUUCUUCUACAUAUGAUGGUAAUUCACGACGGUCAGCCUAUAUUUCACAAGUACGAUCUGUAGAGCAUAGUCCUACGUCAGAGAAUAAAACUGAUUAUACAACAUCAGGAGGAGUUCGUGAACGUCGUCAUAUUCGUGAACGUAACCCACCUGAACGAGUACUAUCCAGUAAAUCAUUUUCUGCUGUAUCAGAUAUUUUUGAACGUCGUAUGUCAGAUCAGAAUUCAUCGUAUACUACUAAUAACUCUGGACGAUCAGAAUAUUCACCAUCUUAUACAAAUACAAAUAAAUUCUUUAACACUACUACAAAUACUACUAGUGGUACCAAUGCUACCAGUUUUCAAAAUGAAAAUGAUGUUAAAGGGAUUAUUCAAAGGCCUACAAGUCGAUUCCUUCAUCAGUCAACACAAUUAGUUAAUACAAGUAGUAAUUCAAGCUCCACACCUAUAUAUUCAUGGAAUCCUUCACAAAUCACAUCAAAUAGCAGUAAUGUUACCACUGGUAUUUUGAAUAGUGCUCGUGGUGUUCCACAUAAUAAUCAUAACAGUAAUAAUAACACUACUAAUAGUACAGAUUAUUCUUCAUCAACUCCUACUCCCCGUGAUCACGUUUCACAGUGGCAAGAUUCCAAAGAUUAUAAACGAUUAUAUGAACGAGAGAAAGAGGAAAGAGAACGACUUCAACGUGAAUUAGAUAGAUGUAAUCGUCAAAUAAGUCAAUUACGUCAGGAACAACAAUUGAGAACUUCAAAUGAUCAUAGUUAUUCCAAUACAUCAGAUACAAUGAAUAUUCACAAUUAUACUAGUAGUAAUAAUUGUAAUAAUUCACAAAUACCGGACACUUUAAUUCGUUCACAACAUCGAUCACGUAUUCCUCGUUAUACAACAUCACUUCAUCAUACAUACAGCUCCAGAAUCGACUAUACUCGUAUGAAGACAAAAUGAAAGAAAUUGUUCGUUUACGUGAAGAAAUUUCCAAGAUGAAAGAAGAGAAUGGCGCAUUAAUUCGUGUAAUCAGUAAACUUUCAAAACCGAUAUAAUCAAUAAGAUUUUUUUGUUGUUGCUUAUCUCCUCUUUCCUAUUCUUUCAUUUAAUUUGUGGUUUGAUUCAAUGUUUAUGCAUAAUUGUGUGAAUCUCUUUAUUGGUUUGUUAGAUUGCCUUUUUUCAUUCAUUUCAUCUACAUUACUGUUGUUUUUUUCUUGUUAACAGAAAUUUAUCCAUUUUUUUUCUUCUUUAUUUUAUUUAAAUGAAUGAGAUUGACAUUGUGUGUAUAUGUUGGAUGGGAGUAGAAGUGUUCCAAUUAUAGUCAACAAAUGUUUACACACAUUCAUGUAACUGUUCAUACAAUUCAUUUCAUACAUGAUAGAAUAUUUAAUCAUAGACUUACAGGAAUCAAUGAUUAUUCAAGUCUAGAAAUAUCAGUGGUCAUAUAUAUAUAUGCUUAUAUCCGUGUCAAGUUUUCAAUACGAACUAUACCAUGAACAUUCAAUGGGGGGGGGUAGUUACUUUUAAUGGCCGACUCAACACUUUUUUAAUUAUACAUAUACACAUACACGUAUAUAUCAUCUAGUUCCUCUUAUUUGUCAUUGUGGGAAUAGCACGACCACAACUGCUACUGCUACUACUAGUGGGAAUUUCUGGAGAUGAUAAUAUAUGUUGGUCAAUGAAAUGUUUAGAAUUUCAUGGCUAUAAACUAUCUGUUAAUUGUGUGUAACUAUGCGAAUUAUGGAAUACGUGCACACUUCUAGCAAUAUAUUAUUCAUAUAUCAUUAUUACUUUGUCUAUAUUUCUUAAUCAAUGCGCCAAUCUUUCAAACGUUUCUUUAUGUUCAUAUCAUUGUUGUAAUAUAGAAGUAGAAACGAAAAUCAAAAAAUUGGUGUCAUUAUUUACGAUGAUGAUAAUGAUGAUGUUGACAAUGACUAAUAAAACUUAUUUUUAUAUUUCAAAAAGAAAAAAACAAAACAACUGAACUGAUAUACAUAAGAAGGACACAUGUUCAUGUAUGUUUAUUUAUGUUAGAUCAUCAACUAUCCAUCCAUUUGUAUAUCAUGGAGCGAUCGAUGUUAUAGAAUAAAACCUACUACUACUAGUAGUAGUAGUAUUCUUGCAUGGGUUUUAUUCAGAAAAGAUGGAACAGAUUGCUAGAGAUUACAUUGUUCACUUUUUCUUAUAUUUCUAAUGUAGAUUAGAUCUUGCCUACAAUUAUUGUCACAUUGUUUGUGUAUUUCCUUGUUGUUAUUUAUUUCAACUUAUGUGCGUUCAACUACCUAAUAAAUAAAUAAACUAAUUGAUUAUUAGCUAACUAUAACUAGUCUCUGUUCAAUUUAUGUGUUCAAUAUUCAAUUUUUAUUCAUCUAUUUGUAAUAUUCAAUGAUUUUGAACACAUACUUUUCACCACCACCACCACCCCCCUUUCCUCCAUCUAUCUCUCGGUAUAUAUAUACAUAUUGUAUGUGUACGUGUUUAUUUAUCUUUAAAAGAAAGAAAGAUUAACUAUUAUGACUCGUAUUUAAUUUGUAUUUAUUGACAACAACCCCCCUAUGUGUCUUUAUAACAUACAUACAUACACCAAUAAAGUGCCUAUGUCAAACUCCACUUGUCACUAACAAUAAUUGAUACUGUGAAUAAAAAGGAUUAAGUAUAUUCUCUAUUCAUUUCACAUUUGAUUCGUUCUUUUUUGUUACAUUGAUACUGUAUUAUUUAUUUGCUUAUUAUUAUUACCAUUAUCAUUAUUAUUAUUAUUACUACUACUACUGCUGCUACAAUUUGUCCGUUAGUCAUUUAGUGAUUGUUUGCUUUCGAAAAGAAGGCAUUUGUGGAAUGUGACAAUUUACUACUUAUUUAUCACAAUGUUAGUAUUAUGACUAUUAUUUAUGAUUGUUUACCCUAUUUUUACAGUUGUGUAUAUAAUAACCAUUUUCUUUUGUUUUUAUCUUUUCCUGUUGAGUAUAAAAACAGAGAGUGAGAGAGAGAGAAUAGUACACAGCUAGACAGUAACAGAGAAAAAAAAUUUGCAUGUAUAUGUGACAGUAAUUAUUUGUGCUAUUUAAGAACAAUGUGUGGCUUAUUAAAAGUAUUUUGUGUAUAUUCUAGUCCACCAUCAUAUACACAUCACUUUACAUAUGUACAUAUAUAAAUUUAACGUACAUACACACAUAAAUAUUGAGUUCUG